GGAGGGGAGAUGGGGGAGGGGGGGUGAGGGGAAUGAUUUGACGAGGGGCUGACCUGCGUUUGACGUUGUGUCCUUCCCCGCUAUGCAGGUGACAGCGGCAAUGGCUCCCUCUCAUCAGAAGCAGCUGAAAGAGGACUUGAAGACGCACUUCACAGACGAUGGUCCCACAGGGAGGAAGCCUGGAAAAGGGUCCAAGCAUUGGAUUUGCAAGUACUGCGAGACCCGAUUCGACGGGACGGCGUCGCAUCUGAGAACCCACUUCCUGAAGAAGUGCAGCCUGGACCUCCUGACUAGACUGUUGUCCGUGGAGGAGAGGGCGAGAAGGGCGGAGGGGAUUCGCAUGGGGAAGGCCCUCGCAGAGCUCAUUGAAAGGGGGGAGAAGAGUUCUACGCCGACGAGCAACCUGCCAUCUGCCAGCAGUCUGGUCACCGGAGCGAUGGGUGCAUGUAGUGGAGCGGCUGAUGCUGGCGGUGUACCAUUGCGGGUGGCGACUUCUGGGGAGUGCGGCCGUGCAGCGCCCCAAACAGGUCGACCAAUGAGGCAGACGCUUAUCGAGGAUGCGGACAGCAUCAUUACUCGUAAUGAACACACGAGCCGCUUCCUCGAUAACUUCCUGUUCUGCAUGAACCAACCCUUCAGUCUCGUUGACAACGAGUACUUCCUCGGGUUCAUCGACGCAGUCAAGAAGGCACAUCCGUCAUGGCUGCCAUACCACAGGGAUGACGCACGGACGAGGAGGCUGGACAGCGCGUUUGGAAGGACGAGAGCAGACGUGACCGCCAUGACCACGAAGUGGCAAGUCACGGGCUGCAUGCUUCAGAUGGACGGUUGGUCUGAUAGACGCAACCGCCCCCAUCUGAAUGUGAUGGUGUCGUCCCCGAUCGGGACUGUCUUUUGGAAAUCAGUGUGCAUGGAGGGGAAAGACAAAGACUCGGCGGCGUAUUUCAAGAUCCUUGAUGGAGUGAUCAAGGAGAUCGGGUCAAACACAGUGGUUGGCGUUGUCAUGGACAACGCAAGAGUGUGUGUGAAGGCGGGUAAGAUGGUGGAGGCCGCUUACCCUCAGAUUUUUCGUGUCGGCUGCACAACGCAUGCCCUCGAUUUAGCACUCGAGGACAUGUACAAGCAGCUCGGUUGGCUGGCGGUGGUCGUCGACGCCGACAAUGUCGUCGGCAAAUUCUUCACGAAUGUGGACAAGGCGAGGGCUUUGUUCGACAAAUUCUCGCCGAAUUUGAAGUUGAAGCGGCCGGCGGUCACGCGAUUUGCCACGAGUCACGACAUGCUGGCUUCGUUGAAGAGAGGGAGGAAUGCACUCGAGAAGUGCGUCUGCGACACGAUGUGGGUGGACAAGAUGGUGAGGGCGGAUCAGCUCGCCGCUUUCCGUGAGGUCACCUCCAUUGUGCUGGGAAGGGACGGGUUUUGGGACAAGGUGGAGAAGGCCCUCGCAGUGAUGUCUCCUGUUGUGGAGCUGUUGCACCUGGUCGACGGGCCAGGCGCAACAAUGUCGAAGGUCUGCUUCAAGAUGGAUGCGCUCGUCGAGAGAAUGCACGGCCUCAAGUGUGUCACCCCGGGUGAGAAGGCCGACAUCGAGGACAUUCUAAUGCAUCGGUGGUCGUUCAUGACGAGUGAGCUGCACUGUGCGGCUGCCUUCCUUGACCCGAAGUUCCGACACAGUGCAUUGGCAGAGCGGGAUCGGGAGCCGCAAGCCGUCAAAUUGCUUGGCCAAGCAAGCUCGUCCGCUGCAUGUGAGCGGAAUUGGAGCUUGCAUGAGCUCAUUUUUGGAAGACGGCGCAUGAAGCUCAUGCCGGAGAGACUGUCAAAACUGGUGUUCAACAACUCGAACACCCAAUUGAUCCGGAGUUGCAUCCGCGGCGGUAAGGAGGAGGUCCACAUCCCUUGGGAGGAUGACCGACCGGUGCAGGCGGAAGUUGAGGAGUGGUACAACACGUGGGUGGCGACGGCGGUGUCCAAUGACGAUGACGCAGCAGACACGCUCGAUGACGCGGAGGUGGGAGAGGAGGAUGGGGACGAGCCACUCAUGCGAACUUGGCUGCGAAAUGACGAGUGGGAUGACCAAGAGUGUGAGGCGGAGGACAUAGACCUCGUGGGCUCGAGGGAAAAGGACUGGCACGAGUGCACAAAACCCGGCCGCUACAGGGAACGCGAGCUGCGGAGGAAAUCAGGCAAUUCGCAGCCCUACCGGGAAGCGUCCGGCAGCAGAAAACGUGGAAAAAAGAGAGCGCAACGCGAGGAAGUGGAGGAGGCGGUUCCGGUGGCGAAGGGGAGACGUGCGGACGGAGAGCCGAAACGCAAGAGGGGCCGACCCUCAAACGCGGAGCUGGCAGAAAGAAAAACCCAGAAAGCGGAAGCAAUCGCUGCAAAGGCAGCUGCAGCAGCAGCAGCAGCGAGAAGUGCGGCAGCCAGAAAAGGAAGGAAGAAAAAGGCGCGGAGCAAUGUCAUCGACGAUGACGAAAGUGGCGAUGAUGUGGCAGCAGCAGAUGACAAUGAGGCAGCAGCAGCAGGCGAGGAGGCGGCAGCAGCACCGUCGUCGGCAUCCUCAUCUUCCUCGUCGGACGAUGAGGAUGCAAGUGGGAGUGGGGCGGAGUCCAUGGAACACGGCGAAGGAGACGGGGACGGCACGGGUGAUAGUUCGGAGGGUAGCGAGGGGCAAUCCAGGGAGGAAGAGGAAGGAGACGGCGGGGAGGAGUAGGAGAGAGCAUCAGAGCAGCCACUCCUGCAAACUUUGAAAGUGGGUAGUUUAGUUUUCAAUUCCAGAA